AUGGCUAUUGAAACUUUAAAUGUACAAAAUGAGAAAUUGAAUACAAAAACUCUCGAAUUGGAGUCGCUUCUCAAGAGGUGGGAACAAACUUUUGUCGACUGUACUCCAGCAGAUGUUGAUUACAAACUCAAAACAUUUAAUUCCAAGUGCUCGCGGCUGGAGGAACGCAUUCAGGACUUGCUUACCGAAAAGAAUGACUUAUCGCAACAUGUCCAACGAUUAACAAAUGAAAUCACAUUCCGAGAGAGCGAAAUUACACAAUUAAGGAGCGAAAAUUCAAUUAUGCAAGAUAAAUUAACGAAUGCUGAAGUGAAGUUAUUCGGAGCGAAAAAGCAAUUAGAAAGUGCCACCAAAUUUGCACAUAUCAACGACAAGGAGGAGGCAUUCUCUACAGAAGACGACAAGAAUUCGUAUUACCUGCAACGAAUUACUUCUCUCGAACAAAUUAUUGAAGAAAAAGAUUCCAUUAUAAAGACAUUGACAGACAAAAUGGAAUCUCUACAGCUCACUGUUACCGACAAGCAAACCUCAUUGGAAACUCUAGAAAAAGAAUUUGAUCGUGUCAACACCAAACACAAUGAGUACAAACAAAAAUCAGAGGAUCUUCAGCAGCAAGUAGAAAAGUUGCAAAAGCUCCGUGAUGAAAUGGAACAUGAGAUUGCUCUUUACGAACAAAAACUAGGUCGUGGAGAGUAUAAUAAGGAAAAGAUCAAAAUUCUUCACAUGAAAAUCAAUCCAGAAACUGAGGCAAAGAAAUCUAGCUCCAAUGAUGUGGAAAGACUUAAAACUGAGAACAAACUCUUGCAUGAUGAAUUAGAGACACUGAGACAACAAUUAGAACGUUCAGGAGGCGCCACUAUCAACGAACAGGAAAUCAUCAAGCUCAAAGAAGAGAACGCUGAUGCACAACGUCGAAUUACCAAACUUAAAGAAGUUUUCCAAAAGAAAAUUAACGAAUUUAGAAAAUCUGUCUAUUUACUUUUCGGAUUUAGAGUGGACGUGAUGGAGACCAAUCGAUUCAGAUUAAGCAGCAUGUAUGCAGAAUCACCAGAAGAUUAUCUUCUUUUUGAGAGUGACGGAAAUGCCAUGAAAUUACUCUCCUCAGAAUUUGCAUGCUCCAUCGAUGAGAAAAUUAUGAAAUAUCUUUCACAAUUUCGAUCCAUUCCAGGAUUUUUGAGCUCUCUCACUCUCGAUUUAUUUAACAAACAAACUGUAUUUACCCAAUAA